AUGCGUGUGUUUAACCGAUGCCCUAAUACUAUCCUUCAAGUCCUACAAGUACCUUACGAGUCCUCGUACUGGUAUCAGAAAGCGCUUAUCACCUCAGAGCUCGAGGACAUCUUCGCAAAUGCCCCGCGCUCACCUACCGACAUUGCCAGUGCCCGCGUGCUUGAUGCAUAUGCCCGUGCGACGGGCAAAGCCCCAUCCGGAACGGCGGAGCAGCAGGGCUCGAAGAAGCGCGUCCCCGGUCCCGAGGACGAUUGCCCGAUUUGCUACGAGAACAUGCAUGGCGCGGCAGAGACGACGCUGACCUUCUGCGACACGUGCGGCAAUGGGCUGCACACUGAGUGCUUUCAGCAGUGGGCUGUGACUGCACGGCAGAAGGGGCAGCAGGUCUCAUGCGUGUUCUGCCGCGCGAAAUGGGUCACCUCGGGCCCUGCUGCCGCUGCGGGUGCCUCACGCUCGUCUGAGGGCUACAUCAACCUUGGCAGCGUCGCCGGGCUCAGUCAUGUCCGUGAUACAAGCUCUUACUACCACGGCCCCAGGAAGGGCAAGAGGCACCUUGGUUAUCAGGAUUAUGAUAAUUACUAUUGA